AUGAAGUGGAAACGUGGCUCAGUAGAUAGCAAUAUUGAUAAUAUUUUAAAUAAAAUUGAACCAUAUUACGACUUUAUUGAUUGUAAACUGUUACUGGACAUGAGCAAAAAGUUCCUACCAGAGGUAACAUUCACUGAUGAUGGAGUAACUUAUAAACUAGUUGAUGAAUUAAGAAACCAUUUGGAGGAAAGUGAGAGGCUUCGUACAUCAAAUACAGUUUCUGCAUUUAAAAAUUUUCUUGUCAAAAAGUAUUAUUCUAUUGAUAGAAAUGUGGAUAAUCUGCCUUACAUUCAUAUGGAACUGCAAACUUGCUGGAACGACAUAAAUAUUGAAGGAUUGUAUGAACUAAUUAAAAAGCUGCUCCCCCGAGAAUACAGACAAUCAGUUGUGAAGCAUAUUAGAAUAACAAGUAAAUGUGUUGCCAUCAAGUUACACAUUCUUGACUUUACAGCUGACAGUCUAAUAGAAUAUACUGGAGGAACGUUACAGUUUAUGCGUCUCAUUGCUAAUGCUAAUCCUCACCUGAAGAAAUCAAAUGGAUCAAAUGCUGUAAUGAUUGCUAGUUAUGAUGGUAACUAUGAGGUGGUUGAACUAUUGAUUAGUAAAGGAGUUGAUUAUAAAUAUCAACGAGAAGAUGGAGUGACUGCUUUUGAACUGGCUUGUCAAAAUGUUGAACUUUUGCUGAAAGAACAAGUCAUCAGUGAUUUAAAUAUUUCCAACAAGGAUAAUGUGACUGCUUUAAUGAUUGCCUGUAGUCAAGAAACUGAGCAUUUGGAAAUAGUUGAAAUAUUAGUACAAGCUGGUGCUAAUGUUAAUAUACAAGUGGAGUCAUUAAGUAUUCCUUUUCUGAACGGAAGCACUGCACUAUUGAUGGCUAGUAGCCGUGGUCACAAACAAACAGUUCAAUUAUUAUUAAAGUGCUCAUGCUGA